AGUGUAAACGGAAGUGAACAGUUACCCAAAACAAUUACCACGAUAGUAUUGUUAUUUAGACGUUUAUUAACACAUUUGAACUCAAAAUAUGCUUAACUGCACAGCAUUACAUACUUACCUCAGGUAGUGUUUACUUCGCGUUGGAGACAGGACUUGGUUGUUAGAUGUUCUAGGUAAGACUAGCUAGCUGCUAACAAUGGCUAACUAUGGUUUUUCAUACUCAAAUAGCCUCCGUCUUGGAGGUGCUAGCGAAUGCCGCUGUGGCAGAGAUCUGUAAACUCGUAGACGACGACUAUGCAGUGUUUCGUUUGGAAAUAACUCAAAGCCAGAAAGAAAACAGGGCAUUGCGGAGGAAACUACAGCUGCUGGAACUGAAGGUGGCACGGGAGCGCGCAGAGAGGACAAUUCGUUCUAGAAGUGUCAAGAUCCUCGACCGAUACAGAGGAAUGGCAAGAGGUGAAGGACAUCUCACUGGAAGCCACAGGAGGGUUGUGAAGCCAGCCGGACACAAUAUAUGGAGAGAUGGCCAACCAAUCACUGUUGAUGAGGGGAGUGGAACCUCAACCCAGCACAUUAUCAUGAUAGAGUCUGAAGAUGCAGAAGUUGCAGGUCCUGGAGGAUCGUCUCUGGUCAAGCAGGAGAGGACUGAAGGAGAGGAUCCACGACACAGCAGAGACAUCCAGGCUGGAGCAGCGGCACCCCCCGAAUCCACGGAGGACUUCACCGCCUUACCCCAGCCCAGGACCCAACACAGCAUUGCGGAGGAGGAGGGUCCGAAGGUGCUGGUGGGGAAGGAGGAGGGGUGUGAGGAGGGUCUGGGGAACCCUGAGUGGACCAUGGUCAUGGAGGACAACCAAAUUACACCUCCUUCUGAACCCACAGUGGAACAAGCUGAGCAGCACAGGACCACACACAGUCUCACUGAGUCAGUAGACAUGGAGGAUGGGAAGCCUGAUCUGAUGCUGGUCAAAGAGGAGACAAUAGAGGACGGACAAGAGAGCAUUGAUCUGCUGAGUGGACUAAAGAUGGGGGAGCAAGGUGGUUGGCUGGAGGCUAACAGAGGAGACUGGGCGGCCAUCUUAGAUUCCCAGACCCAGGCGGGUGCAGCCAAGGGCCCAGGGGACAACAUCACUGAGCAGGGCUUGACCAGAGGCGACAUAGUGGAGUCUGCAGUCCAUGAGGACCUGCUGAUAUCCGAUGUUGCUGGCGGGAGAGACUGGACCUCUGAAGGGGCUGGUGUCAAACCCUGGGCCCGGAUCUGGACCCUGGAUCAGGAGCCUUCGCUCUUCCAUCCCAAGUCAGUACCAGGACCGAACCACGAGGGACAGAGACUCCACCACCACCACACAGAACACAACCAGUGGACAGGUAGACUGAACAACAGUCCUGGUGGUCAUCAGAGAGACAGAGGCUCCAGUCAGGGAUCCAGUCUGCAGCCCAGACCCUUCUCUUCACAGUCUCAGUGCAGGGAUGAAGCAGGGGCUGAUAGAGAUAGACCCUCCUGUUCCUAUGAUACAAACACCACAGUAUCCAUGAUGAUCAGAGCAGGUCAUCCUGGGCUUCAGCCUUCACAGAGAGCGGUAGGAGACCCCUCUGGUGGGAGUCUAACAGGAAGUCUGUCUUCUCCUUCAGGGUCUCGUCUAAUGCCUUGUGAAUGGGUCCAUAGAAGGCCUGGGUCAAGCCUUCCUCAGGUACCUCAUGGUUACCCCACCAUUACAGACCGAGUCAGGAUGGGUGUUCACCACAAGAUGUACUUAACCUAUAACACAGGGCACCAUCCAAACAAAACCCAAACAAUGGCUAGAGGUCAAGGAGGGAACUCAAAUACGAACCACCUGAGGGUGGUCGCUCCUGCUUCUACCUCCUCUGGUGUCAUUGGGUCAGAACGUGGGAGGCAGAGCAUUAAGACAGACGCCGACAAGCCGUACGCCUGCCCCACGUGUGCGAAGUGCUAUGCUGAGGCGAACUAUGUGAAGGAGCACCAGACCGUUCACACCAAGGAGAGACCCUUCAAGUGUAAACUAUGUUACAAGAGCUUCUCCUUCCGGAGUAACCUUAUCAGACAUAGGAGUGUCCACAAUGGGAAGAAACCUUUCAGUUGUACCCAGUGUCAUAUGCGCUUCUCUCACUCGUCCAACCUGAAAAGGCACCAGAGGGUCCACACAGGGGAGAGCCCUAAAGCUGCCCCCAGUGUGAGAACAGGUUCUCCCACCAGAACCAGCUGAAGAUGCACCUAAAGGACCACACCGGAGAAAGGCUGUUUGCCAGGAAGAGGUUCUCAGAGAGGAGCUACCUCAGGAUACACCAGCAGAAAAACAAUUCCACUCUAUAACAUAGAAAGUAACCAUUCCACUCGAUAGCUUCUGACGUUUAGAUCAAACCCUGCAUUAAAGACAAAGAUGAAUUUUCAUCAUCAGCAGAAAAGAUCCACAGACGCAUUUGAAAUAAAGUGUAGCAGAUUUCAGUGUUGAAUAUUCCUGGGUAAAAUACUGCAUCCAGACAUUGUGUGAUAUUUAAGCCUAAAAAGUCUAUUACGUAUUGUUUUUGUACUGUGUAGGCUAUAUGAUGUUCACAAAUGCCUAUUUGAUCAAGUUCAUGCAGAUUUUCUGUUGAGACAUUACACUGACAUUUUUGUCAUUUAGAAGACUUAAAAUUAGUGCAUUCAUCUUAAGAAAGCUGGGUAAGACAACCACAAAACAGUUAUAGCAAGUACAUUUUUCCUCAAAGUACUUCGUGCCUUCAGAAAGUAUUCACACCCCUUGACUUUUUCCACAUUUUGUUCUGUUACAGCCUACAUUUUAAAUUUAUUACAAUCGAUUCAUUGUCAAUGUGGAAAUGUGUUUUUCGCAAUUGUCUUAAGUCAAUGAGUAUUCAUGCCAUCUAUUAUGGCAAGCCUAAAUACGUUCCAGAGUAAAACUGUAUUUAACAAAUCACAAGUUUUAUGGACUCAUUCUGUGUUCAAUAAUAGUGAUUAGCAUGAUUUUUCAAUGACUACCUCAUCUUUGUACCCCACACAUAUAAUUACAUGUAAGGUCAUUCAGUUGAGCUGUGAAUUUCAAACACAGAUUCACACACAAACACCAGGGAGAUGUUCCAAUGCCUCACAAUGAAGGGCACCUAUUGGUAGAUGGAUUUU